UGAGAAAACAAAUGAAAAUCGAACUUAAUAAGACGAACAAUGACAAAAAGACCAGUUGAACCGCAUUCCCACCGAUACGUACAUGCACGCUCUAGCUAGUCGUCUUUGCACGGAAUAAUACUGCGCUAUUAGACUGUGCAAGGACAAACACAAAGAUCUUGGAAAAAACAAACGAACUAACCAAGUGAGGUACACUUGUUGAAUUUGUGUAAGCUGACAGACUUGCUUAGUUCUUCAUAUUGAGUUAAUGAUACAUUAACAUGUCUUUGGAAGACGUCUGAUCAUACUAGCACAAGAAGACAAGUUGAUCAACCAUUAAGACAAACCAAGGGAUUCCUGGCCCGACCAAGUGGAAUCUGAUCUGAAACAGUUUGGAUAUUUAUCGUCUGCUAAGAGAACAGGAUGAGCCUGGAAGGCGAUACCAACAGUCAUGUCUCAUUCGAGCUCCAUGACUUCACCGUCGUAACCCCGUCAUCAUCGGGCGAUUCGCCACCGCCUCCGUACGCGACGAACUCGGACACGGCUAGCCUGAAUGUAUCCUCGGUGGGCCAGGGGGACAUGAUGGAGGAUUCUUUCUCUGUGAUCACUGAAAGCAGCACGGCAUCGUAUAACGCUGGUCAUUCACGUGGUUUCUACGGGGUCGAGGAUGACUACGACUACCCCGAGAUCACACCCUCUGAAGUCCGUAAAGUGACUUUAGAGAAAAAUUUCCGUGGUUUUGGAUUGACCGUAGCAGGAGGAUCUGAUAGUCCGUACGGGGUCUUACCUGUCUUUGUGACUACUCUAGAUUCACGGGGACCAGCUGCUGAAUCAGGAGUUGUUAGGAUCGGGGAUCGGAUUGUGAGUGUAAACAGUCUUGAGAUGGAAGGGAAGACUCACGCUGAGGUGGUGCAUGCUAUCAAACAAUCGGGACGAAAGGUCAUCCUUGAGCUGACAGAAGGGCCAGAAAACAUCAUGAACUAUCUCGAAUUCGAUUAACUCGUUGACUACUGAAUUCAUUCAUUGCCAUGGGCUUAACACAGGAGCCAACCGGUUCCAGGAGGCAAUGAGUUAACAGCACAAUCAAAGGGGAUUCGAAUGCUAUCCUAGUGCCAUGUUGGACACUGGUUGUGAAGAUUGGAAGUUAUAACCGAGGAAAGCAUCGGCAACGAGGAGGACUACGAUUGAUGCUGCAGUUUUGGGCUGAAAUAACUCUUUAUGCUGGCGAGGAUGACGGCCAACAUGGACUGUAUUGCGUUUAUGUAUAGUCAGCAACCUUGUUAAAUUGUAUAUGUGUGGCGGUGUAGGACAUGUCUUAUGUGUAAUGUACACUUCUCCAAUCCUUCAUGAAUAUCUGUUUUAAUUCUACAAUGGUGAGUUUGUUCCCGAUUAAAUAAAGGUGCUCGCUGAAAAGCAAUAUGUUGUGCCUGAUUGCGAGUUUUACCGUGAAUAGAUGAAUACAAUUCAAUACAAGAAAUAAUAUCUAUUGCAUAUGACCAAAGCUUCUGGUAGGAAUCGUAAGGUUUUUUUUUAAAGUGAUAUCGAAACGACUUAACGGGAAUAAACAGAAAUUGGGAAUGGCGAAUUCGUUUCCAGAGGAGGCCUGAGCAUC